AACACGCUCACGAAGCCGCGCGUCCACGCGCUCAUCUCCAAAGCCACCGCGCAGCGUCAAACUGUGAAGAGUCGCUGACUGUGGGGAUCACAAAGGAGCGCUGAACUUUAAAGAAUGCGAGAUAUAAAUCUUUAAAAGUCUGUUGUGAAUGGCAAGAUAAACGUCUUUCAACGACGUUACUGUUUAUACUCGACGGGCGUUGGGUUGCAGAUAAACGCGCUCAUUUUACGAGGGAAACGGCAAACCGCUCGUGAUGGACUGAAGGCGUCACAUAGAAACUAAAAAUGGGUUGAAGAAAAGAAAACGUCGAUAAAGAGAGGUGUAGGUAGGACAUUUAAGAUGUUGAAAAACAUGGAGCCAUGUGUACAUUUUUGUUUUGAAACAGAUAUUUGACUGGCACUCUGGAGGAGAGCCGGAGCGCGUGCAUGUGUAACGUUACCGAAUCUGAAUUUGUAAGAAUUUUUCUUGUCAAAAUCGCUCAUUAUUCAAUUUUUUCUCUGAAUGAAGACGGUUUUGCUGUCUUGGGAUGUCCGACACUACAGUUGUGAUUAAGUUUUGACUGGUUGGAUGUGACUCUUGUUACCACUUUGCGUUACCUGCAGAGAUCCAUUCACUUGUUGUACAGUAUGUUGUCCGUCUCGAGCCAUACGGUUUUCCAGUGAAUCCAGUGAAUUUCAGGGAUCACGUGUCAUUUUUUGCUCCUGUUGUCAUCUGUGCUACCUCAGUGUUUUGGAGAUGUGUGUAGCACAGCAGAUCCCAAGAUGAGAUUUUUACAUUUUAGGGUGGAAACAGCAGAAAGGAUGUCUCUACAGAUGCCAUCCUAAAAUAUUCUUUUGCUGUCACGUGGACUCAAAUCUAUAUAUUUUUUUCAUGCUGGAAGAGACACAUGUUGAUACAUUUUUUCAUCCUUUAAACUCCUGAGAUCUGUGGUUGCCGCCCAUGUCUGAAGGAUUCAUGGAUACACUUCUCUUGUAACAUUAAAGUGUAGUUGAUCAACUACAUAAACAACACUGGUGCUCUAAAGCUUUCUUUCUGCCAUGUCAAAGCCGUUUAAGUUAUAACACAUAGGAUAAAAGAUAAACAGUUGUAUCAAGUCUCUACCCACACCUUCAGUUGUUUGAUCUCCCCCCCACUGUACCCAUCAGGUGGGGGGGGGGCAGGGUAAACCCCAAACUAUGGAGUCCAACCCAGACAGCCCGAGUCGGGCUGUGGAGUAUCUUCUGGAGCUAAAUAACAUCAUUGAGAACCAAGCCAAACUUUUAGAGACGCAACGCAAGCGUAUUGAGGAGCUUGAGACGCAGCUAGACCGUGUCAACCAGGAGAACCAGGACCUACGGCAGGACAGGAACACAGGAACCGAGAACUCGACUCACAACCAGAGCUCGAAGUCCGGGCAGCCGUCAUCGCUACCGAACCACAAUGCCGGAGGUGUGCAUCAGAACAUCAGCAGUAACGCGCCCUCAUCCACGGUGCCUGGUCCGGCUCGACAGACGCACACGAGGCUGACCCGAGGCCUGUCGUGUGGCUCGGCUCCUGUUGAGAAAGAGAGGGGGAGACUGGAGAGAAAUGACAGCAGUGGGACCAACAACACGUCAACUCUGCGUAAACAUGAGCAGGAAACCCAGGGUUCAGAUUCACGUCCCUUCUCAGAGAGUUCCAGCAAUAAAUCUCCAUACAUACACAGCUCUGACCGCUACAGAGACAACAGCUGCGGCCCCCCAGGCCCUCGGGCACCUUUUGUGGCCCCUCCAAGUCCAGCCAGCCUUGCUUGGGUCCAGCGUACACGCAACCAACCAGCUAGCCUGGCCCUACGUAAACAAGAGGAAGAGGAAAACAAGAGGUGCAAAGCCUUAUCGGACAGCUAUGAGCUCUCUUCAGACUUACAAGACAAGAAGGUGGAGAUGCUGGAGAAGAAAUAUGGAGGUUACUUUGUGAGUAGACGAGCGGCGCGAACCAUCCAGACAGCAUUCCGUCAAUAUCGCAUGAACAAGAACUUUGAGCGUCUACGUAGCUCGGCUUCUGAGAGCCGACUGACACGACGCAUCAUCCUUUCCAACAUGCGACUGCAGUACUCGUUUGACGACCGACAGCCUCAGCCUCCCGCCCCAACUCACUACAGUCACAGUCCGGGAAUGGGACCACCACAUUCUCCAACCUGCACCACAGAACCAAGCUCCCCAUUACGGCCAGAAUACACCCACCUAGAGGACUCCUUCUCUAAACAAGUAAAAUCCUUGGCAGACUCCAUUGACGAUGCCCUGACCUGCCGACCACGCCGAGAUGAUUCCCAGGAAGGCAUAGGAGAUGGAAGUGCAGUCGUGGAUGACUUCGGCGAGUGCAUCUGGAGCAGCAACAGCCACGCGUCCAUCCGCAGAGGCCUUGGAGACCGAGAUCGAGGAGGUACGGGGGGUCUAAGCAUGCAUGAAGAUAGUACAGCCACCUCCUACAGCGACGUCACUCUCUACAUGGACGACGGGUUACCUUCCUCCCCGCUGUCUCUCGACCGGGCACCUAGCAGCACAGACACAGAAUUCUGGGGGGGUAUCGGAAGCGGGGUGAGCGGAAGAGAUGAUAGCCGUGAUACGGAAGGGGGUGGAAGCAGCAACAGCCGCCGAAGCACCCCUUGCACGGAAUGCCGUGAUUACCGGUUACGGGGAGGCCACUUACCCCUACUCACCAUUGAACCGCCUAGCGACAGCUCAGUGGACAUGAGUGACCGUUCAGACCGAGGUUCCCUCAGCAGACAGUUAGUGUACGAGCAAGACUCAGGGGGAGGGUCACCUCAAGGGACACUAAAACACAACCCCAAUGCUCGUUCAACAUCCUCGACAGCCGCACAAGGUCAAGCGCGUCCGGCUGGUCGAUCGCUACCAUCGCAAAUCCCGCAUAACAUGGCUCAUCAUCACCACCAUCAUCACCAUCACCAUCAUCACCAGUACCCUGACACUCCCUCGUCUUCUUCGUCACCUCAGCAGCCUCCAGCCACGCCACUCUCGUCCUCCUCGUCAGCGGCGUUGCCCCCUGGUGGCUUGGAGCAGCAGUGCUGUUCAGAUGGUGAUAAUGACUCGCUAAACUCGACCACAAACUCUAACGAAACUAUAAAUUGCAGCUCAGGCUCCUCAUCAAGGGACAGUUUAAGGGAGCCUCUGCCCCCACUCGGAAAACAAACCUACCAGAGAGAAAGCCGACAUAGCUGGGAUUCUCCUGCUUUCAACAACGACGUUGUUCAGAGAAGACAGUAUCGUAUAGGACUCAACCUCUUUAACAAGAAGCCAGAGAAGGGUAUCCAGUAUCUGAUUGAAAAGGGCUUUGUGUCGGACACACCAGUGGGCAUCGCUCGCUUUAUCCUGGAGAGAAAAGGCCUGAGUCGACAGAUGAUUGGAGAGUUUCUUGGCAACAGACAGAAGCAGUUCAACAAAGAUGUAUUGGAUUGUGUGGUUGAUGAAAUGGACUUUUCCGGAAUGGAUCUCGAUGACGCUCUAAGAAAGUUUCAGGCUCAGAUAAAAGUUCAAGGAGAGGCCCAAAAAGUUGAAAGACUUAUUGAGGCCUUCAGUCAAAGGUACUGCGUAUGUAAUCCAGCAUUGGUGAGGCAGUUUCAGAACCCAGACACCAUCUUCAUCCUGGCCUUCGCCAUCAUCCUCCUCAAUACAGACAUGUACAGCCCCAACAUCAAAGCAGAACGCAAGAUGAAGCUGGAUGAUUUCAUCAAGAACUUGCGAGGGGUGGAUAAUGGUCAGGAUAUCCCACGUGAUCUACUAGUUGGAAUCUACCAGCGCAUUCAAAAGUGGGAACUGAGGACCAAUGAUGACCAUGUUUCUCAGGUCCAGGCCGUGGAGAGAGUCAUAGUGGGCAAGAAACCUGUUCUGUCUCUACCCCAUCGCCGACUGGUUUGCUGCUGUCAGCUCUAUGAAGUCCCGGACCCAAACCGCCCCCAAAGAUCUGGAGUCCACCAGAGAGAGGUUUUCCUCUUCAACGAUCUGAUUGUGGUAACAAAGAUUUUCCAGAAAAAGAAAACCUCUGUGACAUACAACUUCAGACAGUCCUUUCCAUUGGUGGAGAUGCAGGUUCACAUGUUCCAGAACUCCUACUAUCCUCAUGGCAUCAGACUAACGUCGGCACUCCCAGGGGGCGAACGUAAAGUUUUGAUCGUCUUCUCAGCCCCCAGUCAACAGGACCGCACACGCUUCGUGAGUGAUCUGAGGGAGAGCAUCGCUGAGGUGCAGGAAAUGGAGAAAUACCGAGUAGAGUCUGAGUUGGAGAAACAGAAGGGUGUAAUGCGGCCCAGCCUGCUCACCAACAGCAUUAUGGGAGGAGGAGUGGGCGGAGUCAAGACUGAAGUAGUUAAUGGCACUAUCGGUAGGCCUAGUCUAGAUGACAACUACUCCCCAGGAGAGGGUCUUAAACGUUCUGCUCUCAGCUCCUCACUGAGGGACCUGUCUGAAUCAGGGAAACGUGGCCGCAGAAACAGCGCUGGUUCCCUUGACAGUACAAUGGAAGUAAGUCUGAGUGAAGCAGAGGGUUCCAUCAUUAGCAGUCCACGGCCUCACCAGCGUUACCCAGUAGCCACUGUGCUCCCGGGAUGUUAUGGAGCAGAAGACUACCGGCCUCACCGCCCCAUCCUGAGCCCCGGAGUGGGGGUGGGGGGUGGGCCGGGGCAGCAACACACACCUGCGGUGACUGGCGCUGGGCCAGUCUCCAACAGCAGCGAGAGAGGAGCGACUGGAACGGGCACUGGGAGCAACAACAACAACACAGGUUCCUUCCUGGGCUCCCUGUUUGGGGGCAAACGAGCCAAAGCCCCGGGCCCUAUCAUCCCCCCGGGGCCACCUUACCCCGCCCCUGUGGCCCCACCGACUACUGGAGGUCCGCCGCCUCUUUCCCCAUCCUCCCUAUGCCCGGGAGAGGGAGGGGGACCUUCCAAGAUCCAAGCCCUGCACGCCCAAUACUGCCACACUACCAACAACAGUGUCAGUGGGCAGCCUCCACCCCCAUACUACCACCACCAUCGCUUCCACACGCAGACCGUGCCGGCAUCCGGUCAGGUGCAUCAUACACUUCAGCGUGUUACCUUGCCUCGUCGACCACUCCCCAACCCCUCCGUGCCCUCCCAGUACCAGCCGAUCUCCCAGCAUACUUUGCAGGGUCGUUACGGGAGCAUGGGCAACAUGGGCAUUGGCCACCCUCCCCCCCUUUCUCCUCACUCCCCACUAUCCCCUCACCCGCAGUUUGCGUUGUUUCACACGCAGCCCACACCCUCGGCCAGAGGGGGCGCCGUCAUCAAGCCCCCCCUCACGCUGUCGCACUCGCACCCACACACACACUCCCUAACCCACCCUGUGCACGUGAACACGCCCCACCCUGCCUCCCACCCCGCACACCAACCUCACUUCGUCUUCGCCAGCCCUCCUCCUCCGCCUUUCCCUGCUCCCACUCAGCCGCCUCCAGUCUCUGCGUCCGCCACUGUCCACCACGGGCAGCAGGGCGCCCCGUAUCUGCCCCAGUAUCCUCCGUUGUCCUCCAUCCCCCCUCCCCCCCCCCCCACUCCCCUUUACCCCCCCCUUCCUCCCCCCUUACCCCUCUUACGCCUCUCUGCCCUCUCCCCCCCCAGCACCAAGGCCCCCCUUCGCAAGCCGCGGGUCAGCAAGGGCCCUCGUCGGCCCAGACUGGAGCCGGACCUGGGGGGACAGGUACGGUCGAACGCGCCAAAUCCAAAUCUACCAACCGGAUCAGCACGGUAGUGUGAGCCGGGGGAAGUCGCGAGGCUGGGGGUCGCUGAGGGGACCUUUGGUGGUUGGAGGAGGGACUGCUGCGAGGGUGGAGGAGGCAGGCGGCAGGGCCAAAGCGGACAACAACACCGGUGGCAAAAAGAAACGCAGCCUG